UAGCGAAUGGGCGUCCAAAGCGUGUGUUCUGAUUGGUUGAGCUGGUAAAUAGACGCUGUUUGAAUUUCGCUGUAGUUUAACUGCUCCGUUUAAAAAGCAAUUGAAUUUGUGGAUACUGUUCAUCCCCACACAGUCAUGCGUCACGAUACAUCUACUACACGCAGAAAGGGCACAGUGCCCCAACGUCGUCCCCCACUGGAGUCUCCGGGGGCUUCUGGUGCGACACCCCGGCCCCCAAGACGGAGUGGAGUUUCAAAGCGUCCUCCUGUGUCUCCAAGAAGGAGAAAGUUUCGACCAGGAACCAGGGCCUUAAUGGAGAUCCGCAAAUACCAAAAAACCACAGAUCUUCUGCUGAGGAAGGGUCCUUUCUCCCGCUUGGUUCGUGAGGUGUGCCAGACUCUUUCCAGAGAGAAUCUCAGGUGGAAGGUCUAUGCUCUUCUAGCCCUACAGGAGGCUGCAGAAGCAUUUCUCGUCAUGAUAUUCGCAGAUGCCAACCUGUGUGCCAUCCAUGCUAAGCGGGUCACUGUGUUCCCCCGUGACAUUCAAUUGGCCAGGAGGAUUCGUGGGGUGGAAGACUUGUAAAAAACACAAAA